AUGGAGAAAACGGAGAGCGAGAAGAAACAGUCGCCUGUCUCCGACGUCGGCGCAUGGGCUAUGAAUGUCGUCAGCUCCGUCGGAAUCAUCAUGGCUAAUAAACAGCUCAUGUCUUCCUCUGGUUUCGGGUUUAGCUUCGCGACGACGUUAACGGGAUUCCACUUCGCGCUCACCGCGAUUGUUGGUAUGGUGUCAAACGCUACGGGACUAUCGGCACCAAAGCAGAUUCCUCUCUGGGAGCUUCUCUGGUUCUCAAUCGUCGCUAACGUCUCCAUCGCUGCCAUGAACUUCAGCCUCAUGCUCAACUCUGUUGGCUUCUAUCAGAUUUCGAAAUUGAGCAUGAUUCCUGUGGUAUGCGUGUUGGAAUGGAUUCUGCAUAGCAAGCAUUACUCUAGAGAAGUGAAGGCGUCUGUGAUGGUUGUGGUUGUUGGUGUUGGGAUCUGCACAGUGACUGAUGUCAAGGUUAAUGCCAAAGGUUUCAUCUGUGCAUGCACCGCCGUUUUCUCCACAUCUCUGCAGCAGAUUUCGAUAGGCUCUUUGCAGAAGAAAUACUCAGUGGGAUCAUUUGAAUUGCUGAGCAAAACAGCUCCAAUCCAAGCACUUUCACUCCUCAUCUUUGGACCCUUUGUUGACUAUUUCUUGAGUGGCAAUUUCAUUACUACUUACAAGAUGACUUACGGCGCCAUCUUCUGCAUUCUUCUCUCCUGCGCAUUGGCCGUUUUCUGUAACAUAAGCCAGUAUCUCUGCAUAGGAAGAUUCUCAGCAACAUCGUUCCAGGUUCUAGGCCACAUGAAAACAGUCUGCGUCCUUACCUUGGGAUGGCUUCUCUUUGAUUCCGAGAUGACAUUCAAGAACAUCGCCGGGAUGGUCUUGGCGAUUGUCGGAAUGGUGAUCUAUAGCUGGGCGGUUGAUCUAGAGAAACAGAGAAAUUCAAAGUCGACGCCUCACGGGAAACACAGUAUGACCGAAGAGGAGAUUAAGCUACUCAAGGAAGGUAUAGAGCAUAUCGAUUUGAAAGACGUUGAGCUCGCUGAGACUAAAGUAUAA